GACACGCCAUGCCACAUGCCAGCGGUAACAGGUAACUGCUAACGGCGACGGUUGGCAUCCAUGUUGGCAUCUACCCGCUGCGUGUGUCGGUUCAUAUUGCAUAUUUUAUUUCUCUCUCAUAUCAAAGACUCGUAUGGUUUCGAAGCAUUGUAGCGGGUGGAAGUUGUGACGGACGAAAACAAAAUGAAAAAAGAACAAGAUGAAUUGUUAAUUAAAUUCGUGAGAAGCCAUUCAAUUUUGUAUGAUGCAGCACAUGUAAAUUUUAAAAAUAGUAUUUUAAAGCAUAAAAUUUGGGAGGAGAUUGCUCAAAUACUUGAAAUUUCGGUUGCAGAUGUCAAAAAAAGAUGGAAAUAUCUUAGGGACCACUACAAGAAAAAAGAAAAAGACAUUGCCGCAGGUCAGGCAAUAAACCAAUGUACAUGGGAGUAUAUGUCCCAAUUAAAAUUUCUUACGCAAGUUCAGUCACAGAGAAGUACUACAACUAACGAAGAAGUAAGCGUGGAACUUCCCGCAGAUUUAAAUACUCAAAAUGAGCCAGAGGCUGAAGAACGUACACCGGAGACACAAGACAUUGUAAUUGUAGAGGAGUCUCAAGAUCUGUCAGAGACUCAGUUCUCGUUCUCAGACACGCCAGCGGCAACAGCUAGCGUCGACGGUUGGCAUCUACCCGCUGCGUGUGUUGGUUCAUAUGGCUUCGAAGCAUUUCAACGGAUGGACUUUAUGACGGACGAAAAUAAAAUGAAAAAAGAACAAGAUGAACUGUUAAUUAAAUUGGUGCGACGCCAUUCAAUUUUGUAUGAUCCCGCACAUGUCAAUUUUAGAAGUAAUAUUUUAAAACAUAUAGUUUGGGAGGAGAUCGCUAAAAUGCUUCAAAUUCCGGUUGCAGAUGUUAAAAAAAGAUGGAAACAUAUUAGGGACCACUACAAGAAAAAAGAAAAAGACAUUGCCACAGGUCAGGCAAUAAACCAACGUAAUACAUGGGAGUAUAUGUCUCAAUUAACAUUUCUUACGCAAGUUCAUUCACAGAGAAGUACUGUAACUAACGAAGAAGAAGAAGCAAGCGUGGAACUUCUCGCAGAUUUAAAUACUCAAAAUGAGCCAGAGACUGAAGAACGUACACCGGAGAUUCAAGACAUUGUAGAAGAGUCUCAAGAUCUAUCGGAGACUCAGAAAAGCACCGAGGACAAUUUAGAUAGUCAACAAUCUUUCAGUCCCUCGACAAAAAAGUUAAAAACAUCUGAUGAAAAUGCUUUGGUCAGUAUUUUGGAAAAGAGACAGAAAGUUAGGGAUCAGUUGUUUGGAAAAAUUUUAACGCAGACAGAAAUUGUACCAGAAAAGUCUGCUAUUCACAAAUUUUUUGAGUGCAUGGCUGAUACGGUUUCAAACUUUCCACCACAUCUUAUUGCUGAAACUAGGUUACAAGUUUGUAAAAUAGUAACAGAGACGGAAGUGAAAAUCCAUAAUGAGCAGUGGCGUACUACUGCGACAGCAUCAUUUCCACCAACUUCGUCAGGAACACCAAUGCAGUCAAAUGACUCAUGCGAUAGUUGACUACUUACGCAGAUUUAGUUUUUAAGUUUUGUAUUUAAGAUUAUGUAAAUAUCCUGGCGUAAAAUAAAGUUCUACCGUUAUACAGGGUAUCCAGAAACUCUACCGACAAACGAAGACAGGAGAUUCCUCACAUACUUUUAAGACAAUUUAACCAAAUCCACCUAGUCCGAAAAUGCUUCCUAAGGGAGCUAGAGCUCUUUGAAGAUGGCGUCAUGUAAUUAGUUUUUCUUAAAUACCUCCAGAACGCUUCUAUCUAGAAAAACGAAAAUUUGUAUACUUAUUUACUUUCCAGAAAUGAAGUGAUUCCAUCCAUUGCGAAUUUCUAGUGCCGGUCAUAGGCGUCCAUUUUGGGUAGGGCAACGGUUAUUUUAUCGCAUAACUUUUUUGUCUUAACUUUUAAGAAUUUUUGAUACUGGAAUAUUAAAUUGUGAGGUAUUCUAGUACUAAAAGGUACUCUUACUUUAAGUCGGUAGGACACACCGUUUUCUAGAAAAAUCGAUUUGAAAGUUUUUAGUUUUGGAAAUUUGAAAAAAAAAUUGAAAAAAAUUAAAAAAAAACGAUGUAUUUUACCAACUUAAAGCAAGAGUAACUUUUAGUACUCGAAUAUCUCAUAAUUGAAUAAUCUAGUGUCAAAAAUACUUAAAAAUUAAAGACAAUAAAGUUAUGUUAUAAAAUAACUGUUGACCUAACCAAAACGGACGCCUAUGACCGUUUCUAGAAAUUCGCCAUUAAUGAAAUCGAUUAAUCUUUGGAAUAUAAAUAAAUGUACCAGUUUUCAUCUUUCUAAAACGGUGUAUCCUAUCGACUUAAAGUAAGAGUACCUUUUAGUACUAGAAUACCUCACAAUUUAAUAAUUCAGAGUCAAAAAUGCUUAAAAAUUAAAUACAAAAAAGUUAGGCGAUAAAAUAACCAUUGCCCUGCCCAAAACGGACGCCUAUGACCGGUACUACAAAUUAGCAAUGGAUUGAAUCGAUUCAUUUCUGGAAAGUAAAUACGCAUACCAAUUUUCGUUUUUAUAAAUAGAAGCGUUCUGGAGGUAUUUAAGAAAAACUAAUUACAUGACGCCAUCUUCAAAGAGCUCUAGCUCCCUUAGGAAGCAUUUUCGGACUAGGUGAAUUGGGUUAAAUUGUCUUAAAAUUAUCUGAGGAAUCUCCUGUCUUCGUUUGUCGGUAGAGUUUCUGGACACCCUGUAUAUACGCACAGAAAAACUUAAUACUAUAUUCACAGUAUUUUUAAAAAAUACUCGACGGACGUUUUGCUUAGCCACUCUCAGUGUAGUGGUUUUAAAUAUUUUCUUGUGAAAUUAAUACUAAAAUUCCAAUUAACCAUUUGGUCAUUUAUAUUGCUAAAAUAACUUUUAACUAGCUCAAUGUUACUGCUAAGUUUUGAAACGGUGAAAUAGGUUUGAGUAUCUAUUUGUUGAUUUUGGCGAAAGGUCAAGUUCAAUUAAAUUUAACACUGUUUCAAACUGUUUUUUGGAUAGUCGAAAAUAUUAGUAUGAAUUUAGUUACUGAAACUACCUGAGGAAUGGACAGAAGCAAUAUUAUGCCCUAUUCACAAAAAGGGAAAUAUGGCUGAAUGUCAGAAUUUUCGAGGCAUAGCCAGUGGCGUAGCUGACAGGCCCGGAGGGCCCGCAAGGCGGGAGGGUCCGACAUUAGGAGGGGCCCCAUAAAGCCUUCAAGCUUAAUACUUCUACUUUCUUAAAUUUGGGACCAAAACUUAUUUUCCUAAUAAGCAUCAAAAUAAUAACUAGAAGUGGCAACUCCGCAUCACUGCCAGCACUGUGUCUUUAUUACUGGGAAUCCCCGGUUGUAGCGGAGAACAACCGUCCGAUUGAAUUCGGCAAAAUGCAAACGCAGCAUUAACUUAUCCAUUUCGGUUUCGCGUUUCGCCUCAUGUUAUG